AUGUUUGCAAGACUUGUUUGUGUAAACAGUCAUUCUUUCAAAGUUCAAAGCAUAUUUCUCUUUAUCUUCUUCAUUUUGUUGCGUGCCAGUUUGCAUGUGUGUGUAUGCCCGGAGAUGGUGGUGACCGUAACAAACUCAUCACGCAGGCGCGUCAACACCUCAGCGCACGGCCCACGGUCUGGCCUCAUUUGUCUGGCACUGGCUGCUCGUUUCUUCUGGCGCGUGUCGAUUCACCUGGCGCCUGGCCUGACUGGCGCCCGCUGCCACUUGGCCGCACAGCGCGCGCUUCUACUAUUACCGGAAUCCGCAAAACAUCACUCGCAGCUCUUGGCUUGUGAAUCAUGCUUCUGCUCAAUUGUCAUCUACGGAGCCUACGACGGUCCCGUACACCAACAGACUCUGGCCGUAUUCCAGAAGCGGCGUCCUCUUCCUGGCGUCGCGAUGCUUUUUUCCCUCUUCGCACGCAUAGGGCUCAAAAUCCCACCCACCACACCCCACGCCAUGGCCUCCGAAUGUCCGGAACAACAAUGCGACACAAAAAGAAACGCCACAACGGCGCCGGCCACAUGA